AUGGCCUGCAGGCACUUGGGCCAGGCGCGCAGGGCGGCCGGAGGGGGGCACAAGCGGAGCAACGGGGAGGGCGGAGGCAGCCGCCCCACGAGUCAAGAGCGGGGGGGGGGCGGGAGCCAGGCGGCCGCCUCGGCGAGCGAGGGGCGGGAGCGCCCGUCCGCGCCCAUCUCGGCCACCGUACGUAGAGCGCUAAGGGGAGCAGUACUUGUGCUGGCAGGCCAGCGAGACUUCCGGUUCCCCAGCGCAGCUCGUGGGCCUCUCGUGGGCGGGGUAAACGCGGUGGGCGCCCUACCCGGCUUGCCAUCGUGGGCAGCAGCAGCAGCAGCCGGCGGCCGCCCCCGGCCCAGGGGCGCACAGUCCGGAGAGAGAAGCGCAGCAGCCAGCCCGAGCCCUCCGGAAAGGCGCCCGGCCGGUCCCGCAGCAUCAUCCCGGGGCCGCGGGGGCUGGCCGGCCGGCUGGGCGGCGCUCGGGCUUCCUCCCCGCUUCCAGGCCAGAGUCCCGGAGGGGCAAAGCGGCCGCUUCCGCGCGGGCCCCAUGAUGAUGCCCGCAGUGGUCCGACUGGGAGCCGGAGGUGCAGGGGCCUCGCCCGCGCCCGCGCCCCUUGGCUCCCGCCUCCGGCCCGCCGCAGUCCCAGCCGCCAUGGAGGCCGCCGGCGGAGCGGAGCUGGCCCGGCUGCGGGAGGCUCUGCGCGCCGCCCUGGCCCGCCUGCGAGGCGGGGAGUCCGGAGAGGGGGGCGGCGGCCAAGGCGGCCAAGGCGGCGGCUUCGAGCGAGGCCGCUUCUGGGAAGCCCUGGGGCGCGCGUUCCAAGCCGCCUCCCAGGAAGCCACGAAGUUCAGCCUGGCCUUCGCCGGAGCGCCGCGGCCGUCCCCGGAGGAGUGUGCCCAGCUGAGCCAAGGCCUGCGGGUGGCUGUCCUGGCUGCUGCCUCCGUGUAUUACCGGCUCCCCAAGGACCAAGGGACCACGCUGCGCAAAGUGGUGCGCGAUGCGGCCGUGGAGUUGCUGGAGGGCACGAUCCACCUGACAGAGGGGAUUCUUCGGAACCCGCUGCAGAGCCUGUCUCCAGAGCAGCUCGUUUCCACAGGCGGCAUCUGGGAGGUGUGUGAGCGGGUGUCCUGCCUGCCUCGAGAUAACCAGGCGGCCGUUGCGCUGGGCUUGGCCUCCUGCCUCGGGGUGGUCAAAGAUGCUCUGGAGGAGAUGGAGCAGGCGCAGGGCGGAGGCGGAGAUCCCUACGGGGACGUCCUGGAGGACGAGGACUUGGGCUCGCGUGGCAACCGAGACGUCUACUGGUCAGAGUCCGACCGGCAGCUGCUGGGGCCCUGCCUGGGGCUGGUCAAGGCUGCCAGGGCCUGCCUCAAGAGGGUGCUGGGGGCCGUGAAAGCCCACGGCGGAGCCCAGGCGGCCGAGCAGGUGGCCCAGCUGGACGACCUGGCCGACAUCGCCCGCGACGUCAGCCCCAGUGUGGACGAAUUGGCGCUGAGCACAUACCCCCCCGUGAACCAGUUGACUCUGCGCCUGAAUGCUGCCAAACUGGCCUCCGUGCUGCAGAAGUUGCUCGAAGUCGCCAGGGCCAGCCAUGUCUGCCCCCCGCCGGAAGAGAGCUGGGUCCAGUUCCUGGCAAGGGCCGUCGACCACAAUCUGGACAAAAUCAAGGACUUGACCCAGGGGCUGCUGUGAUGGGGCUGGGGGGGCCGGGGGGGUCAGCAGCCUCCGGAAGAGGGCAGCGUCUGCCAGCCAGGCCGGAAGCGGGCAGGGCGGCUGCGCUCUGGGCCCUGCAGAGCCUGGGCUGGAAAGCGGGCAGGAGCAAGAAUAAAGCGCUGGUGCCACUGCUGGA